GGAAAAUCUUCUUCAAAUAAGGCAGCCGGAUAUCCUUUUUAGCUACCAACGGGAACGAACAGAUUGCACCUAAUCGGAACAGCUCAAAUCCGGAAGAUCCGCGUCCGUGCAAUAAAACAAAUCGCCUUGUUGUGGCUAGCAGUCCGCGAGCAAAGUCACCAGGUUACUUUGAUCGGUUCACCAAGUUUAGAGACAAUUAACUGAAAGGAAUCUGGAUUCAAGAGCCAUACUGGGCUAAAUGCUCAAUGUAGCAGCAAAAGAAGAAAAACUGUUUGUGAAGUCUUUAAAGAAAGAAGUGUAGUGUGUAGAAAUGAUGCCAAGUCGUAAAAAAAGGAAACUGGAACCUGCAGACCCAGAGCUGGCCGCGUUCGAAAAGCUGAACUUAGUUCUUGGUCGUCAUUAUUUCGACGUCCGGCAACGGCUUUCCCUCGACUACGUACCGCCCUGCGUCCGGAACGUUACCGCGUGUGCAUCGACCCAUGUUCGGAAAAGCGGAAUCCGCACCCGGUUCGUGGGCAGCAUGUGCGAGGAAAACACACAGGAACAGAUAGGAGAACAGCGGGCGGACCAGUUCGUGUACUUCCUGUUCCACGCACUCCGGCGCCAAGAGUUCAUUGGAACGGAUUUGUUUGUGGCCGGUCUGCAGCUGAUUCUGACCAUCGAUGAACCUUCGCCAGAACUGCAGGCCGACUACGGGGCUUCCGAGGUGUUGCUGGGGAUGUACGAGGCACUUGAAAAGUGCCUUGACCUAUUCCCGCCUUGCCGUUGGGAUCUACGAUCCGCUUACCACGACAUCGUCUACGGCCAUCUGGAUGCACCGUGUUUUGCCAAGUGCGAUCCGAAAGAGGGUUUACUGAAGAACACACUGUACCUGCUUGAGCAUUUAAUUGAAAACGAUGAUCAGCCCCAUCGGGUCGCGGAACGUGUGACACGCGGAAGCAAGCAAAAAUCCGGCCCCAGCAGUUCCUCGUGGAGAAUCGGUGGCCAUCGACAGAGCUACGAUUUCGAACAGUUACCGCGAGAGGAACGAUUCAAACGCCUGUUUAUGGUGCUUCAACUGUUGGUGAAACUUCUCGAAAUGGAUCUGGCCAUGUGGAUCCUACGAAAUCCAUCAAAAACGCAACAGAAUCUCUGUAAUCGUUCGCAUUGUCCACUGAUAGUGCAAGUCGUGUGGCGGGACGGUAGCUGUGGCAGUGUGAAUCUGUUCAUUCGUAAGCUACUCGAAACAUUCGUCAACAUAAACGCCCUCGAGUACCCGGAAGAAGAUAUUGCUGUAAUCUCCCGCUUGCUUAAUCUCGUCUCCGUUGCGGUUAACUUGAGCGAAUUCCAGGACAACGACGGGAUGAUAGAAUAUCCGUGCCUGAAAGAGAAUAGCAGCUACUUUGCGAAGCAACUGUGGAUCACGAUCGAAAAGUCUACAUAUUUUUGUAUGCGCCUUUGUCUCGCCAGCAUCCGCCAUGUGCGAACCCCGUACCUGAUACACUUUCUAGUGAAUCAACUGAUCCGCAAACUUAACCCGCACCAACAUCCCCUCAACGUACGAGGUUUCUUUCAACAGUUGCUGGAUCGGAAAUGGGUUGCAUAUGGAACUGAUACGGGAACGGUAGACACGCAGCCGUCCAGCACUCUCACAUAUCCGGUUUUGAACCGUAAUCACAAACGAGCGAUAAGCAGCGACAUCACCUGCGAUCAGUACGUCGAUCUAGUAUUCCGGGGAUUCCAAGCUUACUGUGAUAUGUAUGCGCUUGCUGCCUACUUUAGAGAAUUCACCAACAAACAGGAAAGUGAAGACGUAAACAUGGAAACGGACGAAGAACCGGCAGCUCUAGGCUUAAUGGAACUUGAAAGCAUUCCGCGUAACAUUCACAUCGUAACGCAACCGGUGACCGAUGACCGAAUGGUAUUCCACGGGAUUAAUGUAACAACCAAGACGGUGCUGGAAUACCGCGAAAACCUAAAGUACCUGUUGCUGAUCGAAGAACAACUGAAAAGGCUAGAAACGGUAGAAGAGAGGCAGCUUUUCCACAAAUGGAUUUCGUUCCUAUCCACUAUCGAUCCUCUACUGGCUAUCUAAUUUACCUUUGUUUUUAUUUAUUCACACCUUUUAUACGGCAUACGCUCUGUUCGUUCGAUUUAUGUUUGAAUUGUGUUGACACAGAAUUAGAGAAAAGAUGAAUAAAUAGUAUCCUGUUCCGUCUGUUACAUCGGUAGCAGAUCGUAGGUAUUGA